UUUUCAAAUAUUUAUUUUUUUUAUUAAGUGAACAUUUAGUUUUUUCUGGGGUGGAAUUUGUUUUGAACUAAGUAACUUUAAUAAACACACGCAAAAUGGAUAGAUAUAAGCGAUACCGAAGCAUGAAGAUGCACCAGUCAUCUGUCAAGGAGUUACCCCUUGAAGAUGGUAAACAAAAACACCAAUCUGAUGACGAAGAAGAUGAUAUAAUUUCUGCAGCCAUUGGAAAUUUUGGGCGAUGGCAAUUCAAACUAACGUUUCUACUCUCCUUGUUCAAUAUCCCCUGUACAUGGCAUAUAUUUGCACCAACAUUUCAUGCUGCACCACGCAACCAUUGGUGUGGACGUCCUGCUCACUUAAUCGAUGUUCCCGUCACUAAAUGGAUAAACAUUUCGCAGCCCGUCGAUGAAUGCUCGAUUUACAAUGUAAAUUGGAAUAAUUAUUCGUCGAAAGAUUUUAUUGAUGGAACUGUAUCGACUGUCGGUGCAAGUUUAGUCCCAUGUACGCAGUGGGAAUUCGAAGGAAUUAAUGCUGAAACAGUUGUGUCACAAUGGGAAUUAGUGUGUGAUAAAAAACAAUUGAUUAACAUAGCGGAAAUGAUGUUUUUAGCUGGUGUGGCAAUUGGUGGAUUUGUCAGUGGUGUUAUAUCCGAUCGUUAUGGGCGUAAAAGAACUUUAAUGGGUUCCGUAACAAUUCAAACAAUAAUUGGUGUUUGUAUUGCAUUUUGUCCAUGGUUUGAGCUAUAUUUAAUAUUACGCGCUUGUCUUGGAUUUAUAUCUGUGUCAGUGGUGUUCAGUGGUUUUGUAUUAACUAUGGAAAUUGUGGGUGGCCAUUGGCGUACAAUUGCUGGAUGUUCUUACUUAUUUCCAGUACCUUUAAGCUAUAUCACAAUUUCUGGUAUGGCAUAUUUAUUACGAGAUUGGCGUGAUCUGCAAUUAGCGAUAUCAUUACCGGGGAUUUUAUUUAUGACGUUAUAUUGGGUUUUACCGGAAUCACCUCGAUGGUUGUUGGCCACUGGAAAAAAAAUGAAAGUAUUACAAAUAUUACAAGAAGCUUCACUUUAUAAUGGACGCGAUUUACCUGAUAAUAUUGACAAACAGUUAGAAGUUCCUACGUUGCAAACAGAUGGACAUCAGUCGGCUGGAGUUGCUGACCUAUUUCGUACUAGUCAAAUGCGUCGAAAUAUUUUCUUCUUGUUUAUCAUAUGGUUUUCAGUUUAUUUGGUAUACUAUGGUUUGGUAUUAAAUAUUUCUAAUAUUGGCGGUGAUUUGUAUAUUAAUUCGGUAUUGUCAGGUGUUGUGGAAAUUCCAUCCAUUGCUGUCAGCAUUCUCUUUUUAAUGCGAGGUGGUCGCCGAUGGCCACUAUGUUUAACUUUAGCAUUUGCUGGUGUGGCUUGUCUAUUAAGUGUCAUCAUCCCAACCAUCGCUGACUAUUUUGAUUCAGAUGUAGAUAUACAAUGGUUAAAAACAGCUUGUGCACAUAUGGGAAAAUUUAGUGUGAGCUCAAGUAAUGCAGUCAUGCCUGUAUUUACAGCCGAAUUAUUUCCAACAGUAAUACGUAACUUAGGUGUUGGAGCAAGUAAUGUUUCAGCGGGAAUAGCUUUAAUGUUGGUGCCAUAUUUAUGGAAUUUGUCUGAGAUGGAUGUUCGUGUUCCAAUGGGAAUACUAGGCAUUUGUGGUAUUAUUGGUGGAAUUUCUGUAUUAUUUUUACCAGAAACUGGUAACAAACCAUUGGCAGCCACAGUAGAAGAACAAGAAAGUCCUGUACCAAAUUCUCCACAUAAAGAAAAGAAACAGGAGGAAACAUUUACGUUACAGAAUCCUACGCCAAACAUAACAAUAAUUCCUACAAGUAAUGCAAUGGCUUAAGACUGAAAAAAUGAUUAUUAAGUCGCGAUAUAUGAACUUAAAAUAUUUAGGAAGAGUUUUCGACUGUUAGAGUAGGUACCUGUGUGAUUAUUUAAGUUAAUGGGUACAAAUCGUUGUGAUUGCCAAUGAUUAUUUAGUGAAUUUAGAGCCUUUUCGUUACAAAAUUCUCAUGAUUACUGUAAAAAUAAAAUAUAUUUAACAUAAAAUACUGAAAAAAAUUUCAACACACUUUCCUCGUAUAUAGACGUCAUUUGUAAACAAAGCCACUCCUUCAUGCAAAAAGUUAAUGGAGAAAAAAAAAACGUUGACCUUCAUUAAUUUUAUCUAUAAUCAAACAUUUGACUCCAUAUUGUGGGAACAUAUAAGUUUUGAUAAUUUUUUGGUAAUACUAUGCGUAUUAUUCAAGGUCGGGAAAAAUAAAUAUCAAAUAGUAAAAUCUUUAUUCGAUAUGUGAAAUUCAUGUGGUUGCAGGACGUACCUACCGCCGUAUCAGCCGUAUCAAUGAUACGGGGCCCCCGGACUACAGAGGCUCCUAACGCGUGUAAGGAAAAAUUAGUAAAAUGUUGUGAACAAUUAAUUGCUCUGAAAACAUGCUUAAAAUCUGAAAUUCAAAAAAUGCAUUCCAUAAGAAGCUCAUAUAAUUAUUGCUUAUCAAAUUUAAUAGACAUGCAUCCGGUUUUCCGGAAGUAAUAACAGCAUGCUUUCUAUUCUUAACCGUUCCAGUCACAACCGCAACAGCUUAAAGAAGUUUUUCAAAAUUAAAACUGGUAAAAAAUUACCUAAGGACUUGAAAGAUGGGACAGGAAAGGCUAUCAGACUUGUCACUAUUGUCUAUAGAGGCAGUAAUUUUAGAAAAACUGAAAUCAUCUUCAGCUAUGAUUUAAUAAAUCAAUUUGCCGGAAAAAAAAGAUUUAAAAAAGUAUAUAUUUAAUUUGUUUGGCUAGCUCCAUUUCUAGGAGCAAGUGAUAACUAAAGUGAAAAAUAUUUAAUUUAAUUUAAUGCAAGCAUUUUUGUUUCAAUUGUGAUAAAUCUUUAUCCUUAAUUUGGGCCCCCCAAGUAAUUUUGAUACCGGGCCGUUCUAAGGCGAGCUACGCUACUGUCUGGUUUAAUAUCGUUACACCACAAAUGAUAGUGUCUUUUGUCGGAAGGGCUUUUACAUUAAUACAGGAUUGUUAUCCGUUUGAUUUAUUUGAUCCAUAUUUUCCUCGAGAAGCUCUUCAAGAUCUGCAUGACAGCUGAAAUUAGUUUCGACAUGUUUACCAAAUUUUAGAACCGCAUCUCGUUAAGUUGAAAAUUCGUUGAGAAAAUUAAUUUUGCAACUAAAGAAUUUUCGCCAUUUUUUUAAGCCGCUGUACUGUAGUUAAUAUUGAAUAUGGGUAUAGGCGACAAAAUUGAUAAAUAAAAUCGUUAUUUUGUUAUUUCGAUUCCCGUCAUUGAGAUUACGAUCGGAUAAAAACUCAGACCUUGCGGCCUGCUCAAAGUCAAUCACUUUUUUCAGACACCUAGUGCAAAAUGGAACUGUGCAAAAACUAUUAGAUCAAAUGAACCGUUUCAAAGCUAAUUUUGUUGUUUGAGGUAUAAGCUACAAUAUGUAGGGGUAAAUUUUUGUUUAAACAAUUAAUUGCAAACGAAUGAAUUCAUUUUAAAAAUAGCGUUUUCUCGGCAUUUUUUUCGCAAAAAUUUGCAACAAGAAAUUUGUAUUGGUUUCUUUUUUUCAUUCGCAGUUCUAGAAAAACAUAAGGAACAAAAAGUUCCACAGCACCAGUAUCCUAAAGUGCCCCAUUUACGAGUUGCAUCGCUUACAAAAAAGCAAAAAAGCCGAAUUUGCUGAAUAACUACAGUCCCCAGGUUUCGGACGAGCAGACUCGGCAGGUCAAUUAUGUGAGAACUCCCCUCCUUAGGUUUAAACCACUUCUGACCUGUAACCGACAGCAACACGUAAACCUUUUUUUUCCAUUAUUCUAUUGGCCUAUUUACCUACUUAAAAUUUCAAUGUUUCGUGAAAUUACCAGGUAUACCUACUAGUAAGCAUAGUUAAAGACAAUGAAAUCUAAAGUAUGAACAUCUGUGUUUGUAUUGUUAAAAGCAAGGAAAACAUAUGUUAAUAGCAUUAUUAUUCACGUCGAUUUAUUAAACAUUUUCUUUUUCUCUUAAACAAUAAUUCUAUUCAAAAACCGCAAUUAUACACAUUAGGAUUAUACACAUUAAUUUUUGAAGUGGAAAUUAAAGUUAAACAAUUUUUAUAAUUAAAUAAUGCAUUUGAUUAAUGACGCAAAUAUCACCUUUCAGGUGCGUGGGAUGUUGAAACUACUUAAAACACAAGCAGUCCUUUAUUUUACAAUUAUUUUUAUGUAAAUUAUUAUAGUAAUUAAUCAAUUAUUAGUAUUAAUUAAGAAAUUGCAUUUAAAUAUCGUCAUCAUGUUUGUAUAAGAUUCGCUGGAGCAAUGGAAAGUGUUGUUGAGGUGGACCUAUAUUUGCAUUUUUAAAUUUUCUGCUAGUCUAAAAAUGUUAGCGAAUGCGAUUUCAUAUUGAUAUAGGACACGUUAGAGUUAGAGUUAUUGUUCGAACCAAUAUUUGAAAGUGAAAACCUUUUUUCGAUUUUUUUAAAAACGGCUGGGAAUCAAAAAGGCUGCGACCAAAAUCUCGUCAAAAACUUAACCUUCAAUAUUGGGUUUAUGAAAAAUGAAAAUUGAGAUAACUCGAGCACAACUACAUAAUUUUCCCAAUUUACGAAAUCUCGAUUUACAAGAAAACGGUGAAACCACGACCAUAGAUACUACUUGAACUAUUGAACACUUUACACUUCCCUACCUUACAUCGCGAUCGGUUUCAUAUGGUUGCGGACAGUAAUUAAUGUCUUGGUAUAUAUUUUGAUGCCGCAGUAUAUAUAUAUUUUUUUAAGAAUCUUCUAAAACAUUCAUUGGUGAAA